UCCCAGCACUGACAAUGUGAUUCAUGGAAGAAGGCUCUCAUAGUUAUUAGCGCCAAAUAAACUCUUCCGAUUACCAAAACCUGCAGAAAUCCAAAAGAUCAUUCAAAAAUCAGACUUGAAAUAUGCAGAGAUGGUGAUUCCUACCACAUUCCCGCUUAACUUGCCUGUUUGGGCCUGUGAAGAAAACAUAUGGAUCUUGGAGGACAUUAUGGAUUCUUUAAAAUUUAAUCAAGCAGUGAUCCUAAGUUCAGUCUCUACUCCAGACAUGACCCGGAGCACAUCAACAUAGCCUCUGGAACCUGGUAUCUGAUAUGGCUGCCCUUCAAGGUUUAACUACACAUCUGUGUCUGAAUUCAUCCUCAUCAGCUUCUCCACCUUCCCCCAUCUUCAGAUGAUGUUCUUCCUGCUCUUCUUUCUGAGGUACCUGUUCAUAUUGCUGGGGGAACCUGCUCAUCAUGACCACCAUCUGGAGGGAGCCUACCCUCCACACGCCCAUGUACCUCUUCCUGUGCGCCCUCUCCUUCUCCAAGCUCCUCUAUACAUUUGCCGUCAUCCCGUGCAUGCUGCCCAACCUGCUCUCCAAUGAUUGCAACAUCUCCUUCAUGGCCUGUGCCAGCCAGAUGUUCUUCUCCUUCACAUUUGGCUUCACCCACUCCUUCCUGCUCACUAUCAUGGGCUAUGACUGCUACGUGGCCAUCUGCCACCCCCUGUGCUACAACGUGCUCACAAGCCUCAGUGGCUGGGCCUGCCUGGUGGCCUGGUCUGGGGUUGGGGGCUCAGUUGUUGGGCUGGUGGUAACAACGGCCAUUUUCCAACUUACUUUUUGUGGGUCUAAUGAGAUCCACUAUUUUGGCUGCCACAUGCCACCUCUUCUGAAGUUGGCCUGUGGAGGCAUCCCUGCUCUGGCUAUUGGCAUGGGCCUGGUGUGUAUCUCAGCCCUGCUGGGCUGCGGUCUCCUCAUCCUUCUCUCUUAUGCCUUCAUUGUGGCCACCAUCCCGAGGAUCCCCUCUGCUGAGGACCAGCACAAGGCUUUCUCCACUUGUGCAUCCCAUCUCACCAUGGUGAUCGUGCAUUCUGGCUUUGCCUCUGUCAUCUACCUCAAGCCCAAGGGUCCUCAGUCUCUGGAAGGAGACACGCUGAUGGGCAUCACCUACAGGGUGCUCACUCCCUUCCUCAGCCCCGUCGUCUUCAGUCUCAGGAACAAGGAGCUGAAGAACAUCAUGAGAAAAACCUUCCUCAGCAAAUUCUAUCCCUCUAGCAUCUGAGUGGCCAGUGUGGAAGUGGUUUCAGAAUAUGGUAGAAGGAUGACUAUACUCUCCUCUGUCCAGUGGAGUUAAUAAUGAUUACCUUGUAAUAUUGGCAUAAAGAUUUGUGUGUGACCACACUUAUCACAUAAUAGGUGCUCAAUAAAUGUUAAUGUGUUUUCUU